AUGUGUAAAGAAUGUGGCAAAGAAUUUUGGAGUACCUCAGCCUUUACUCAUCAUCAGAGAUUUCAGACUGGAUACUGGCCUGGUAAAUACAGAGAAUGUUCUAAAGCUUUUAACCAAUCUUCAGAUUUCAAUGAAUAUCAGAGAAUUCAUACAGGAAAGAAAAUUCUCCAAUGUAGUGAAGGAGCCAGCGCCUUUACAGAGUCCUGCAGUCUUGCACAAGAUCACAGAAUUCAUACUGGAGAAAAGCAUUAUGAGUGUAGAGAAUGUGGAAAAGCCUUUAGGUCAUCCUCAACCUUUACUUGUCCUCAGAGAGUUCAUACUGCAGGGAAACCUUAUAAAUGUAUACAAUAUGGCAAAGCAUUAACACAGUCUUCAAACCUUACUGGACAUCAGACAAUUCACACUGGAGAGAAACCUUAUGAAUGUACACAAUGUGGCAAAACCGUUAGCCGGACUGCACACCUGACACAACAUCAAAAAAUUCAUACUGGAGAGAAGCCUUAUGACUGUACACAAUGUGGAAAAACCUUUAGCCGGACUUCAACCCUUACUCAGCAUCAGAGAAUUCAUACUGGAGAGAAGCCUUAUGAAUGUAUACAAUGUGGGAAAAACUUUAGACAACAGGGAACACUUAAUAAACAUCAGAAAAUUCAUACUGGAGAGAAGCCCUAUGAAUGUAGACAGUGUGGCAAAACCUUUAGCCAGACUGCACACCUCACUCAACAUGAGAAAAUUCAUACUGGAGAGAAGCCUUAUGACUGUACACAAUGUGGAAAAACCUUUAGCCGGACUUCAACCCUUACUCAGCAUCAGAAAAUUCAUACUGGAGAGAAGCCUUAUGACUGUACACAAUGUGGAAAAACCUUUAGCCGGACUUCAACCCUUACUCAGCAUCAGAAAAUUCAUACUGGAGAGAAGCCUUAUGAAUGUAUACAAUGUGGGAAAAACUUUAGACAACAAGGAACACUUAGUCAACAUCAGAAAAUUCAUACUGGAGAGAAGCCUUAUGACUGUACACAAUGUGGAAAAACCUUUAGCCGGACUUCAACCCUUACUCAGCAUCAGAAAAUUCAUACUGGAGAGAAGCCUUAUGAAUGUAUACAAUGUGGGAAAAACUUUAGACAACAAGGAACACUUAGUCAACAUCAGAAAAUUCAUACUGGAGAGAAGCCCUAUGAAUGUAGACAGUGUGGCAAAACCUUUAGCCAGACUGCACACCUGACUCGACAUCAGAAAAUUCAUACUGGAGAGAAGCCCUAUGAAUGUAGACAGUGUGGGAAAGCCUUUAGACACCAGAGAACACUUACUCAACAUCAGAGAAUUCAUACUGGAGAGAAGCCUUAUAAAUGUACACAAUGUGGUAACGCAUUUAGGGUCCUAUCAACACUUACUAAACAUCAGAGAAUUCAUACUGGAGAGAAGCCUUAUAAAUGUACACAAUGUGGUAACGCAUUUAGGGUCCUAUCAACACUUACUAAACAUCAGAGAAUUCAUACUGGAGAGAAGCCUUAUGAAUGUACACAAUGUGGCAAAACCUUUAGCCAGACUGCACACCUCACUCAACAUGAGAAAAUUCAUACUGGAGAGAAGCCUUAUGAAUGUACACAAUGUGGGAAAAACUUUAGACAACAGGGAACACUUAGUCAACAUCAGAAAAUUCAUACUGGAGAGAAGCCCUAUGAAUGUAGACAGUGUGGGAAAGCCUUUAGACACCAGAGAACACUUACUCAACAUCAGAAAAUUCAUACUGGAGAGAAGCCUUAUAAAUGUACACAAUGUGGUAACGCAUUUAGGGUCCUAUCAACACUUACUAAACAUCAGAGAAUUCAUACUGGAGAGAAGCCUUAUGAAUGUACUCAAUGUGGUAAAGCCUUUAGACAGGCCUCACAUCUCACUGGACAUCUGAAAAUUCACCCUGGACAGAAGCCUCAUGAAUGUAUUCAAUGUGGGGAAGCCUUUAGGCUCCAGUCAGCACUUACUGGACAUCAGAAAACUCAUACUAGAUAAAAGCCUUAUAUAUGUGAAAUGUGUGCCAAAGCCUUUAAACUGUCCUGUAACCUUUCUCAGCAUCAGAAAAUUCAUGUAGGGGAGAAACCUUGUAAGUGUUGA